AUGGCAGUCCGAACAGCAUGCAAUACUGUUUUGUUGGAAACGGUUGUCCUCAAUGUCGUUGAUGAUCACGGACACGAGUACCAGGCAAGGGCUUUACUGGACUCGGUUUCAAUGUCCAACUUCAUUUCGAAGCCACUAGCGAAGCUACUAUUCAACCCCCAGUCGAAAUCGAGAACACAGGAGUUUUCGACGAAGCAACAGUUCCUUAUUCUUAGAAAUCCUUCGGCACAGUUGCCGACCAUACCACUCAACAUCUCGUCGUGGAACAUUCCCAGGGUUGGUCUCACAGACCCUCAAUUCCUCAUCCCAGGGAGGAUAGACCUCGUUCCAUUAGGGGACGAACUUCCAUGGUUGACUGAAACAACAUUCGGAUGGGCUGUCGCUGGCACUGCAUCCAGUCAACACAAUUGUAUUCCUCGGAUCUGCAACCUUUCUACGAAAGAUGAUCCGUUAGAAGCUACGCUUCAGAAGUUCUGGGAAAUCGAGGACAUCUCCGACGGACCAGCACUAUCCGUUGAAGAAGAUCGCUGUAAGAAGCACUACGUAGCUACUACCACCCGUGAUCCUUCUGGAAGAUAUAUCGUCAGACUUCCUCGAAACGACAAUCCCGAUAUUGUCCUAGGAAGCUCAAGGGAUGUCGCAGAUCGCCGUCUUAUGAGUAUCGAGCGGCGUCUCGAACGUGAUACUGCCACCAAGGACGCGUAUCAUCGUUUUAUAGACGAAUACCUCCAGUUAGGGCAUAUGAAAAAGCUCAUCGUUCCAGUAGACGACAAUCAACCGCACUGCUACAUACCACACCACGCUGUCUUCAAAGAGUCGAGCACGUCUACAAAGGAUAGUCGAUUUCGAUGCGUCGUGCAAGACAUCCUCCGGAUAUUCAUUGAAUGA